UUAGACUAAUGGUUUCGCCCUUUUCCCCCGACGUAAUUGAAGUUACUGCUCUGCUGCCUUUGGCUGCUAUAACUUGUCCUGGCCUGUUGUUGAGCUGCAAGCCCGUCUCAUCAACAUUGAAAAUGUUGCCGGGUUUAUCGAAGAGCUGAUUUUCACUGAGAAUGGUUUCUAACAACUCGAAAUAUUUGGUUACUGUGUUCCGACACAAUGCAGUUGAACGGUUCACAGACACACCUUCAGCAAUUCUUAUGCUUAGGUCUGAAUGGCGGCUUAAGAAAAGUUGUAGCCAAUCGUAUACUGCCAUUCUGUUAGCUACGUCGAAGCGAUGCUUAAUUUUUAAUUGCUCAGCAAGUUCAAACACCAUAUGUCGCACAUCGGUCCGUGUUGGAGCAAAACCAAAUUUUUGCAAUUUUUUGACAUGUGCUACUAGUUUCGCUUCAUUUUCUUGUCCUAAGGUGGGCGAAGGACCCAGUGCCCCCGUCUUUUUGAGUUUUCCCGAUUUUUUUCUUCUGAUUAAAAGUAGCCUUGGGAAUAUUGAAGUGUUUGGCUGCGGCAUUCACUCCCAUUAUUUUUGUAUCUAUAGCCUCUACUGCAUUUUUAAGGUCGUCUUCGGACCAUGUAGCCCUUUGUGAACUCAGCUUUCGUUGGUAUUUUGUAGGCAUUCUGAAAAAAAAAAACAAAAAAGACAUCAAUCAAAAUUGGUUCAACUGUCCCGUCCUAGGGUGGUCCAUCUAUCCCUAAAGUCAGGGAUAGAUGGACCACCCCUGAUUUAACCUCUAACUAACCUAUACGACUUUUAAGCUAUUUAUAGUGGCUAGAACAGAUAUCAAACAAAUCUAGUCCCGUCAAAAAAGUACGUACGAACAUCGCAACAACCAGAUUGCAACUAGUGAUUACUUGGCCGCGAGGCAGCAUUUAAAUUUCUGCCCUCUAUCGUAUUUCCCCAGAAGUAGGAGACUGGUCCAUCUGAGGCGGUGGUCCAUCUCUCCCUGAAUUACCCUAUCGUUAUCAUUUCCUACCGGCAUAAUUCUUAUCACAUCCGGUUAGCGUUCAUUAUUUGUUAUCACAUGCUGCAUUUUUUAUCAACUUGCAAAUAUUCUCAACGCUGCAGUUGUGGUUGUGGUUAUCAGUUUUCCUGCAUAUAAACGCAUAUAAAUAGUCGUAUAGAAUUAAGGAUACAAUUAGUUGUUUAUUGAUAUUUCCUACAUAAUGAAGGCGUGCUGUUAUUCGCAUCUAUGCACAGUGACAAACAGGCUAACGCCACCCAUAAAUUUUCAACAUUACCUUAAAGAGAAUAUGCUGCUAGAAGAUGUUGAAUGCCCCAAAUGCAAUGCGAAUUUGCUGAGACAUUCGCCUAAUUGGAAUGAUAUAGGGGGUUGUCGAGUGUGCGGAACCCAUUUUUGUUUUUGUGACUUCUCCGAACCUGUUGACGGUGGUUCGGAGCAGCACAUUAUUGAAGAAGAUUCCCCACGCUCGCCAUCGCCCAUCAUCGCAGAUGGUUUGGAGCAACCCAUCGGUGUAUAUGACUCCCCAUGCUCGCCAUCACCCAUCAUCGCAGAUGACUUUUGUUGGGUGUGCAACAAUACGUUUUGUGGGCAUGAUGGCUUUUUAGAAUCCAUCAGAUUCUUCGCAGUCGCCAGCAGAACCCAUAAUCAUCGCGGAUGAUUAUAUUUUUCCGGGCAGCGAGGGACUGCUGAUGGAUCCGCCUGCGUCUCCUCAGCCACCAAGACUUAUACCGCUAACGGUAAAUACACCAAUGAACCGAGAACCGAGGCCCAAUAUAAUCAUUACGGUCCGGGAGGAUGGAAGUCGAAG